AUGGUUGUCAAGGCAGCCUCCGCAGAGGCCUCAGGACCCUCCUGCUCUGUGCCUCGAAAUGGCCAUGGACAAGAGCCUGUCACCAUCAGGACCUUUAGCCUAACCAAGAUCACAAAGGAUGAGGUGGAAGAGAAGAUCCACGUGGAUUCCGUGCUUCCGGGGGUGGAUGGGGAGCAGGUGCCGCAUCUGAGACAGGUCUCCGGGCCACGCGAUAACAAACCCCAGCCCAUCCUGACGAUGGCUGGGGGGCUGCUCUUCCCUGACUCCAAUCUCCGGUUGCUGCUGGUCCCUGCCCUGGAUGGCUGCCUGUGCCGGAAUAACUGGCUGGACCAACAGGCCCAGACCUCAGCAUCUGUCCCCACGAGUCUCAGAAGCUGUGCUGUGGAGUCUCAACCUGGGAUAUUCUUCCCUCCACGCACUGGUGCAGAAUUCAGUCUCCACGGUCAAGGCUAUUUUUCCCUCCGUGGUCUGCUCUGUGUCCUUUUCCCUCUACCGGUAACCCCUUCCCUCCAUGCAUCCCCGGCUUUGAGACCUCAGGAGGGUCAUUUCUUCCCCCAAGGCAUCCCCCAGCCUCAUGUAGAACCCUGGGCCUUCUCCUUGGACCUGGGACUCCAGCUAGCAGCAGGCUCAGGCCACCUCCUUGCCCUUGGGACCCCAGAAAACUCUUCUUGGCUCCACCUCCACCUCCAAGAUCAAAAGGUGGUGCUGUCUUCUGGGUCGGAGCCAGGGCUGGAUCUGCCUGUGGUCUUGGGAUUCCCCCUUCAGCUGAAGCGGACUGUGUUCAUUGUGGUUUAGAGCCAGGGGCCAAAGAAGGAGAUCCUUGAUCUGCCUCCUGCAGGCGGCGGCUCCCUCCUUAACCUCUGGGCCCAGCCACAGGGGCGGCUGUUCCUGGGGGCUUUGCCAGGAGAGGCCUCUUCCACCUCCUUUUGCUUGGAUGGCCAGAGGCUGGACAUGGACCGGGCCCUGAGCAGAAGCUAGGACAUUCGGACUCACAGCUGUCCUCAGAGCCCAGGCAAUGGCACUGACACCGCCCAUUAAAGCCCCAAUGAAAAGCCCCCUUAGAAUGUCACUCAUUCAUUUAUUCAACCGAUAUUUACUCUGCAUCUGCAAUAUACCAGGCGUUGUGCCCAGCACUGGGUCAUACUGAUGAGUGAAACCAACCCUGCAUCCUGCCCUUUCUGUGCUCAAGGUCCCCUGGGGGAGGCAGACAUCCAUCAAAAACUAACGAGUGGGUGGUGAGUGGAAACUCUGAUUAGCCCCGAAAGGGAGCAGUCAGGGAAUGGCGAACGCUUGGCGGCCAGCAGCCUUGACCUAGGCUGGGCUCAAGGAGGGCUUCCUGAGGAAGUGGUGACAUCUUAGGUUGGGAUUCUAGCAAAAGCACCCACAGACACUCAUACCCUUAGUACAGGUCACUUCCUGGGAGCCAGGAGCUCACCUCCUUUCCCAGCAGCUACUGCUUGGGACUUCAGUUUUGUCCCUUUGAAGCUGUUCAUAAAUCAGGGGGGAAGAGCAGCGAUGGGAUUUUCUUGUCCUUUAUUUCUUUUAUUUUAUUAUUAUUUUUUGUCUUUUUAGGGCUGCGCCUGCAGCAUA